AUGUCAUGGAAAUCGGACCUUCCCAAUCUGGCACCGAAGUUUCCUUACCUCCUGCACGAAGUCCUCGCCGUAUCGGCCAUUCAUCUCUAUCACCUCAACCCCGGCAGCUCGAUCAACUACCAGCGCGUGGCGUGGGGCCACCAAGCCAAAGCCUUUAGCCAGUUCCGCGAUGCGUUGUCCCCGGAAGUUGCAGCACACCAAGUGCACGCCCUCUUCGCUUGCUCGGCGCUCAUGUCCAACUACUACUUCGCUUCAUUCGAAGACCCCUCUUCACUCCUAUUCAACAGUGACCCUCCCGGGCCUCCUGAAUGGAUCUUUCCCGUUCGUGGCUGCGCAACGCUCGUCCGUCAGCUGAGAGGUCCUUUAGAAGCUAGUACAUCGUGGACAGCUCUCCAGUCGUCUUUGGAUACAUGGUCCGUCAGCCCUCCAUCUCCAGAGGGACCUGAGUGGGAGCCAGAAAUUCAGUCAAUGGAGGCAAAACUGCGAGCCAUGUCGCAUGGAACAGCCCCCAGACCUCUGUACGAGGAGGACUUCCAGCUGUUGAGAAAAUGCUUCAAAAUAGCUGGGAAAGCCGGCGAUGCCUCGUGUAAGGUCUCAGCAAUGAUGUUUGGAGGCGCGGCAUCCGAGGAGUUCUUGAAAGAUAUGACUGAACGCAAGCGCCCUGAGACUCUGGUCAUGAUGGCUUUCUGGUGUGUCCUGAUAAGCCGCGUGAAUCAGCGGCACUGGCUGAGAAGCGAAUCGGUACCGGAGGCUAUUCUAGGUGUGAUAGAGGCGCAUCUGCCCCGGGAGUAUCUGGAGCUGAUACGCUGGCCUGCGCAACAGAUCAGAUCUGCACGCGAUGUACCUAUGCACUAG